UCAGAGCGGGGAUCUUCCAGACCGAGGCUUGGAAAGAACAUUGUGUGGUGGCGUGAAAGUGCUGCUUUGCGGCAGCUGCAGGCUUGGCAUGUUGCGUGUUGGCCGGGUUGUAGCUGCUGCCGCUGUUAGACAGUUAUCACAGGUUGCGAGCGGGAAAGCAGCUUACAAAUCUCGUAGUGUUUGGAACAUGGCGAAUGACAUGGGUCAACGUAUGGUAUGGGUGGACUUGGAGAUGACUGGCCUGGACAUUGAGAAGGACCAUAUAAUUGAGAUGGCAUGCCUUAUAACUGACUCUGAUCUUGAUAUUCUGGCAGAAGGUCCUAAUUUGAUAAUUAAGCAGCCAGAUGAACUUUUGGAUGGCAUGUCUGACUGGUGCAAAGAGCAUCAUGGGAAGUCUGGUCUUACCCAAGCAGUCCGUGAGAGUAAAAUAACAUUGCAACAAGCUGAGUAUGAAUUUCUUUCGUUCAUCAGGCAGCACACACCUCCUGGUGUCUGCCCUUUAGCAGGGAAUUCAGUGCACGCAGAUAAGAAAUUCCUGGACAAAUAUAUGCCACAGUUUAUGAGACACUUGCAUUACCGGAUUAUUGAUGUCAGCACUGUGAAGGAAUUGUGCAGACGCUGGAAUCCUGACGAAUAUGGACUUGCUCCUAAAAAGGCAGCUUCGCACAGAGCCCUGGAUGAUAUCAGAGAGAGCAUCAAGGAACUGCAGUUUUAUAGGGAAAACAUUUUCAAGAAGAAUACAGAUGGAAAAAAAAGAAAGCUAUUAGAAAAUGGAGAACCAGUUAAGCCAGAUUCAGUGACCAACAUCUGAAUACAAAAGGUUGAAGCUUUGUUUCAAGUACCAGUUCAUUUUAUACAGUGACAUAAACUGAUAAACUGCAAGAGCUAAGACUGGGAUGUUGUUGUGUUUUCUGAAAACUGAAUUCCUUGCACACAUGGUUAUUUAAAGUUACAAGCUUUUAUGGGCUUAAUCUUGUCCCAAGUUAUGGUUGUUUCUUAACUUUAAACCCAGCUGAUAGCAGAGAGCAUAAAAAACUCAAUUUUAAAGUUUUACUAAUACAUUUCUUUAAAAAAAAGCUGAAAUUUCACAACACACAGCUUACUUGCUGGUAUUUAUACUACUGGGACAUGGAAAGCUACAGUAUGUUUAUUGGUACUUAGUUUGGUGAACAGUUUAGAAAACCAGUUUGUUUUUGGUAAGGGAUUUUAUAUUUUAAGGAUUUUUCCACUAUGAGAAUGAACAUUAUUAGCCAACAUGUUUGUGUGGCAAUAGGAGCUGGUAAUGUGAAUGCUUGUUGACUGAUCUUCCAUUUUACUUUCUCAUGUUCUAUUAAAUAAACUUUGUAUUUCUUUA